UAGUGGGCGGACCGCGCGGCUUCAGGUGUGAGGUUCCGAGCCCGGGUUGGGGGGGCGGAGGCGGCUCCUGCGAUCAAAAGGGACCGGAGACUCACCGGCCGCGCGCCAUGAAGGCCCUCUGGGUGCUGGGCCUCUGCUGCGUCCUGCUGACCUUCGGGUCGGUCCGAGCCGACGAUGAGGUCGAUGUGGACGGCACCGUGGAGGAGGACCUCGGGAAAAGCCGAGAAGGCUCGAGGACGGAUGAUGAAGUGGUACAGAGAGAGGAAGAAGCUAUUCAGUUGGAUGGAUUAAAUGCAUCGCAAAUAAGAGAACUUAGAGAGAAAUCUGAAAAGUUUGCCUUCCAAGCUGAAGUUAACAGGAUGAUGAAACUUAUCAUCAAUUCAUUGUACAAAAAUAAAGAGAUUUUCCUGAGAGAACUGAUUUCAAAUGCUUCAGAUGCUUUAGACAAAAUAAGACUAAUAUCACUGACGGAUGAACAGGCUCUUUCUGGAAAUGAGGAAUUAACAGUCAAAAUUAAGUGUGACAAGGAGAAGAACCUGCUGCAUGUCACAGACACUGGUGUGGGGAUGACCAGGGAAGAGUUGGUUAAGAACCUUGGGACCAUCGCCAAGUCUGGCACAAGUGAAUUUUUGAACAAAAUGACCGAGGCACAGGAAGAUGGCCAGUCAACGUCAGAAUUGAUCGGCCAGUUUGGUGUUGGUUUCUAUUCUGCCUUCCUUGUGGCAGAUAAAGUUAUAGUCACAUCAAAACACAACAAUGAUACCCAGCACAUCUGGGAGUCUGACUCCAAUGAAUUUUCUGUAAUUGCUGACCCAAGAGGAAACACUUUAGGACGGGGAACGACAAUUACCCUUGUCUUAAAGGAAGAAGCAUCCGAUUACCUUGAAUUGGAUACAAUUAAAAAUCUUGUCAAGAAAUACUCACAGUUCAUAAACUUCCCUAUUUAUGUGUGGAGCAGCAAGACCGAAACAGUUGAGGAGCCCGUAGAGGAAGAGGAAGCAGCAAAAGAGGAGAAGGAAGAAUCGGACGAUGAGGCUGCGGUAGAAGAAGAGGAAGAAGAGAAGAAACCAAAAACCAAAAAGGUUGAAAAGACAGUCUGGGAUUGGGAACUUAUGAAUGAUAUCAAACCAAUAUGGCAGAGACCAUCAAAAGAAGUAGAAGAAGAUGAAUACAAAGCUUUCUACAAAUCAUUUUCAAAGGAAAGUGAUGACCCCAUGGCCUAUAUCCACUUUACUGCUGAAGGGGAAGUUACCUUCAAAUCCAUUUUAUUUGUGCCCACAUCUGCUCCACGUGGUCUGUUUGACGAAUAUGGAUCUAAGAAGAGUGAUUACAUUAAGCUCUAUGUGCGCCGAGUUUUCAUCACGGACGACUUCCAUGACAUGAUGCCCAAGUACCUGAAUUUUGUCAAGGGUGUUGUGGACUCAGAUGACCUACCCUUGAACGUUUCCCGUGAAACUCUUCAGCAGCAUAAGCUGCUCAAGGUGAUUCGGAAGAAGCUUGUCCGUAAAACUCUGGACAUGAUCAAGAAAAUUGCUGAUGAGAAAUACAACGACACUUUCUGGAAGGAAUUCGGUACAAACAUCAAGCUUGGUGUUAUUGAAGACCAUUCUAAUCGCACACGUCUUGCUAAGCUGCUCCGAUUUCAGUCUUCCCAUCACCCAACUGAUAUUACUAGUCUUGACCAGUAUGUGGAAAGAAUGAAGGAAAAACAGGACAAGAUCUACUUCAUGGCUGGGGCCAGCAGGAAAGAGGCCGAGUCUUCUCCAUUUGUUGAACGACUUCUGAAAAAGGGCUAUGAAGUCAUUUACCUCACAGAACCUGUGGAUGAAUACUGCAUUCAGGCCCUCCCCGAGUUUGAUGGGAAGAGGUUUCAGAAUGUGGCCAAGGAAGGGGUGAAGUUUGACGAAAGUGAGAAAACAAAAGAGAAUCGUGAGGCCACUGAGAAGGAAUUUGAGCCUCUGCUCAACUGGAUGAAGGACAAAGCCCUCAAGGACAAGAUUGAAAAGGCUGUGGUGUCCCAGCGCCUGACAGAGUCUCCUUGCGCACUGGUGGCCAGCCAGUACGGGUGGUCCGGGAACAUGGAACGGAUCAUGAAAGCCCAGGCCUACCAGACGGGCAAGGACAUCUCCACAAAUUACUACGCCAGUCAGAAGAAGACGUUUGAAAUCAACCCCAGGCAUCCACUCAUCAGAGACAUGCUCCGGCGAGUUAAGGAAGAUGAAGAUGACAAGACGGUUUUGGAUCUCGCUGUGGUUUUAUUUGAGACGGCGACACUUCGGUCAGGAUAUUUGUUACCGGACACUAAGGCCUACGGAGAUAGGAUAGAAAGAAUGCUUCGGCUCAGUUUGAACAUUGACCCUGAUGCCAAGGUGGAAGAAGAACCCGAGGAACCUGAAGACGCCGCGGAGGACACCACGGAGGACACCGAGCAAGACGAGGAGGAAGAGGUGGAUGCAGGGGCGGAUGAAGAGGAACAGGAACCAACAGAGAAAUCGACAGCUGAAAAGGAUGAACUGUAAAUUCUAUUCACCAUUUGGAUCCUGUGUGGAGAGGGAAUAUGAAAUUGAAGUCAUUUCUUUUGGGAGAGACUUGUUUUAGAUGCUCCCCCAGCUCCCUCCUCCCCUGCACUGUAAAAUGUUGGGAUUUUGGGUCACAGGAAAAAGUGGGUUUUUUUAGUUUAAUUUUUUUUAACAUUCCUCAUGAAUGUAAAUUUGUACUAUUUAACUGACUUCUUGGUGUAAAAUCUUGUCAUGUGUAAAAAAAUAAAAAAGGUCCCAAA